AAGAGAGAGAGAGGAAACCGAUUAGGAAUUCUAGAGAGAGGAAACCGAUUAGAAAUUCUAGAGAGAGAGAGAGGCUGAAGAAGUGAUCGGAAAUCCUGUGCUCUGAAAGAAGAAAAAGGAAAAGCAACAGUGGGAAAAAACCAGUUAGAGCAGGUAUGAAGGUUGUGGCCUUAGUGAGUGGGGGUAAAGACAGCUGCUAUGCCAUGCUAAGAUGCAUUGAUUAUGGUCAUCAGAUUGUUGCAUUGGCAAAUUUAAUGCCACUUGAUGACUCCAUUGAUGAACUAGACAGCUACAUGUAUCAAACUGUAGGACACCAAAUUGUGGUCAGUUAUUCAGAAUGCAUGGGUGUUCCCUUAUUCAGAAGGCGGAUACGAGGGUCCAUGAGGCACAAACAUCUUAGAUACAUGAUGACUCCAGGUGAUGAAGUUGAAGACAUGUUCAUUUUGUUGACGGAAGUAAAACGCCAGAUUCCCUCCAUUACGGCAGUAUCUUCCGGAGCAAUCGCUUCUGAUUAUCAAAGGCUGCGAGUGGAGAGCAUAUGUUCAAGGUUAGGGCUAGUUUCUCUAGCGUAUUUAUGGAAACAAGAUCAAACUUUGCUUCUUCAAGAAAUGAUUACAAGGGGAAUUGUGGCUAUUGUCAUAAAGGUUGCAGCGAUGGGUUUAAAUCCUGCAAAACAUUUAGGCAAAGAGCUUUCAGUGUUGCAGAGCUAUCUGGUUCAUUUGAAGGAGUUAUAUGGAAUAAAUGUAUGUGGAGAGGGUGGAGAAUAUGAAACACUAACCCUUGAUUGCCCUCUAUUUACAGAUUCAAGGAUUGUGCUCGAUGAGUUUCAAAUUGUACUGCACUCAUCUGAUUGCAUUGCACCUGUAGGGGUUCUUCACCCUUCAGCCUUUCAUUUGGAACCCAAGAAUGAAUCUACCAUGGUCAGUGAUAACGGCAAAAGGUCCUGCAUUUAUGAAGUCCAAGGAGAUCAUAUGAAAAAUGAACAUGUUAUCAAGCCCCAGUUUGUGGAUUUUGGUUCUGAUUCAGAAGGCGAUAUGGAUGGGACUGUGCUCAUUUCAAGAAGAAAAGGAGAUUCAUUUGUUAUAGGUUGCUGGGUCCAAGAUUCUUCUAGUAAUUCAAGAGGUCUGCAAAGGGAUCUAGCUGCAAUUUUGAAGAAAAUUGAAUCUCAACUGAGCGGAGAUGAUCUUAGUUGGGUUAAUGUUCUAUAUAUACAUCUAUACCUAGCUAACAUGAAUGAAUUUGCUUUGGCAAAUGACACAUAUGUUACUUUUAUAACGGAAGAUAAAUGUCACUUGGGCGUCCCUUCUCGUAGUACUAUAGAAUUGCCUAUGCGUCAAGCCAAAUUGGGCAAUGCAUAUGUUGAAGUUUUGGGCACAAAGGAUCAGACCAAAAAAGUACUGCACGUUCAAAGUAUUUCAUGCUGGGCACCUAGUUGCAUUGGACCAUAUAGCCAGGCUACUUUGCACAAGGAAGUGCUUCAUAUGGCUGGGCAGCUGGGGCUUGAUCCUCCUACAAUGAUGCUUGUUUCUGGGGGCCCCCUUAUUGAGCUUGAACAAGCUCUAAAAAACUGUGAAGCAGUGGCCAAUAGCUUUAACUGUUCUCUGCCUUCCUCUACUAUCCUUUUAGUUAUUUAUUGUUCAGCCUCUAUCACGGCCCUUGAGAGAAUUGAUCUUCAGGAUAAGUUGGAACUUUUUAUGAAGAAAAGAUUGGAUCUUGAAUUGCAAAAUGGAGGAAGAUAUGGAGUUUGUGACCCUAUUAUGCUUUACAUUCUUGCACCCAAUCUGCCAAAAGGGGCACUUGUGGAGGUGAAGCCAAUGCUUCAUGUUCCUGAGGAAAGAGAGACAAUCUCUCGAAUUGAAAGUCAUGUUCAAUCAGCCAUCGAAGUUUCAAAUUGUUGGGGCUUUGAGAAUUUGAAUUGGCCUACCUCUUGCUAUAAUAGUUACUUUAUUCAUGACAAAAUGUGUGCGACUGUGGUUUCGGUUGAUGCGGAAUCUGCAGCCAAGAUAUGUCAAGGAACUGCUCACGAAAAUGACUCCUGUUUUGAAAAUGAAGAAAACUUGAGAUUUAUAUCACGCUUUUGUGUACAUAUAUUGAAUAAAAGCCUUCUCAAAAAUGGGUUCUCAUGGGAAGAUGUUUUGAAUUUAAGGAUCUACUUCAAAAUGAAGCUUGGUCUGGUGUUGGAUACACUGAGAAAAGUUUUCACCGAGGCUUUUGAAGAAUUUGCGAAGAAUUGUCAAAGUGGGAAUGUUGUUGGUGAUAUGAAAUUCUUAAACCUCAUUCCUGUAUUGGGUUCUGGUACAAAUGCAGCCAUGAAUGAUAUAAUUACUUGUGAAUUAUUUGCCUCAACCUUUUGAGAAAGGAAAAGUAAAUUAUACAUGCAAGAACAAGGCAUUGUCAUAGAUGGUUGUAAUUUAUUAUUUAAAAUGGAUGUUGUUUCCUUUGCCUUUUGUCUUUUUUAAAAUGGAAAUUUUAGGAGAAACAAUUUUUGCUUCCUCAAGUAGAACUCUAGAGCAGUUUUAGGAUUCUCAUUCAGGAUGAAGUACUUGAGAACAAACAUUUCCUACAAUUACAUAUUGACCAUCCAAUUUGUUACUGUCA